AUGCUAGCCGGCCGGACGGGCGCGGGCCUUCGCAGCCUCCCAAUACAAGAGGAAACCCAGGGAGCCCAACUCCAGCGCCUCGCCAUGUACCUGCCGGAGCCUGGCGCAGCGUGCGCCCGCGCGCCGGCGGAGGCGCCAGCGGAGGCGCUGCCGGCCCUCGGAGCAGCGUCGGAGGUGCGGGCGGAGGCGGCCGGGCCUCUGCCGGAGGCCUCGCCGGGCGGCGUGCCGAGCGAGCUGGCCCAGCCAUCCCGCGGGGUCGGGUGGGCGGGCGCGGUGCGUCAGAUUCGGUAG